AUGCCUCGCGCAUCAACUGCGUUCCUCGCGAGGGCCUCCCUCCUCCUCCUCCUCCCUCCUCUUAACGCGGGCUCGGGGGAACGGGUUGCAGUCCCAGUGAAGUCUUCCCCGCCGACCUCCCGCAGUCUCGAGUACCGGUCGAUGAAAGAGAGAUCUCAGGCGAAAGAGAGAUCUCAGAUGAAAGAGAGAUCUCAGGCGAAAGAGAUAUCUCAGAUGAAAGAGAUAUCUCAGCUGCUUGGGACGCGGGACCCAGGGGAAGGACAGCGCGCGGGUUGUCUCACGGUACGCGCGUCAAGCAACGUUAUGACGGUCGGCCGGCGAAGGAGGUUCACGGUCAGGGAAAACAUCCCCUUUGGGGAGAACAUCCCAGCAGGGAUAGCACUUCAGUGUGGGAAAACAUCAGAGAAGGAGAAACUUCCCAGCAGGGGGGAAACGGAGGCAGGAGAGACGGCGGGCAGGGAUAGCGAGGCGGAGACAUCCCCCAGUGGGGAAGGCACCCGAGCGUGGGAAAGCAUUCCAGCAGGGGGGAAACGGAGGCAGGAGAGACGGCGGGGCAGGGAUAGCGAGGCGGAGACAUCCAUCGAGAGCCGAUGA